CCAAGCAACUUGAGACAAACAUCUCAGUUCUCGCACUCCCUCCCUCCCAACCGGACCGCCGCAGACCCCAGCCCUGGGAGCAUCGCUCUGCACCGGGGCGGGAGGGUGGAGAGGGUUGGCCCCCUAAACUCGCUCGUCCAGCCGAACCGCCCAGGCGGCUUCUCCCAGCCCUCGAGGCUCUCCUGAGCAGCUUGGAGAGGCGUCGAGCACAGCCCAGCGCCCGCCUGCGCCUGCUCGCCUGUCCCGGCCCCAGAAAGGAACUUUCGGCUCCCGCAGGCCCAAGGCGGGCAGCUCCAAGGCCCUGGCCGAGACGGUGACGCCCGGGAGGCCACGGGGACAGCACGGAGCGCGCGCCCUUGGAUGCCGUCCCGCAGCGACGCCCCGGCCCGCCCUGCUCCUCCUCCUGCCUGGAUAGCCUGCCUCUCCUUUGGGAAGUUUUGUGGGUUUUCUUUCUCCUCCUCCAACUUUGGCGGAGGCCGCGACUCAGGCGCCACAGCUGGGGGUGGCCUCCUGGCCUAGAGGCCGCGGACCAUGGUGCGGGACAGCCACCGCUGAAGUCAGCAAAACCGAGCCUGGCCUGAGGCAGGCUGCGCGGGAGGCCAAAGCCAUGGCCAUUGCCACGUCGGCCCAGCUGGCCCGGGCACUAUAUGACAACACCGCUGAGUCCCCCCAGGAGCUGUCCUUCCGCCGAGGGGAUGUCCUACGGGUCCUGCAGAGGGAGGGCGCUGGUGGACUGGACGGCUGGUGCCUCUGCUCCCUACACGGCCAGCAGGGCAUUGUGCCCGCCAACAGGGUGAAGCUCCUGCCUGCUGGCCCAGCACCGAAGCCCAGCCUCUCUUCUGCGCCCCCAGCCCAGCCUGGCUCACCAUAUCCAACCCCAGAUCACAGCAAUGAGGACCAGGAGGUAUAUGUGGUGCCACCCCCAGCUCGGCCCUGUCCAGCCUCAGGACUUCCAGCUGGACCUUGCCCACCCUCUCCUGACCCCAUCUACAAGAUCCCCAGAGCCAGUGGGACCCAGCUGGCUGCCCUCAGAGAUGUCUUGGAGGUCUACGAUGUGCCCCCCACCGCCCUCCGGGGGCCUUCCAGUGGUCCCUAUGACUGCCCUGCCUCCUAUUCCCACCCUCUGACCCGGGUUGCCCUGCAGCCCCCUGGAGAGGAUGAUGCUCCCUAUGAUGUGCCUCUGACCCCAAAGCCACCUACAGAGCUGGAACCAGAUCUGGAGUGGGAAGGAGGCCGAGAGCCAGGGCCCCCCAUCUACACUGCUCCCUCCAACCUGAAACGAGCGUCAGCUUUACUCAAUCUGUAUGAAGCACCCGAGGAACUGCUGGCAGACAGGGAGGGCAGGGGCACUGAUGAGGGGAUCUACGAUGUGCCCCUGCUGGGGCCAGAGGCUCCCCCUUCUCCAGAGCCCCCUGGAGCUUCGGCCUCCCUUCACCUGGACGCCCUGGCCCAGCUUCUGCCCCGAAGUCCCCCACCUCCACACAGGCCCCGGCUCCCCUCAGCUGAGAGCCUGUCCCGCCGCCCUCUGCCUGCCCUGCCUGUCCCUGAGGCUCCCAGCCCCUCCCCGGCACCCUCUCCUGCCCCAGGACGGAAGGGCAGCAUCCAGGACCGGCCUCUGCCCCCACCUCCACCCCGCCUGCCUGGCUUUGGGGGCACCAAGGUUGAGUGGGAUCCAGAGGGCAGGGAGGUACAGGACGACCCAGCUCACCACAAUGAGUAUGAGGGCAUUCCGAUGGCUGAGGAGUAUGACUACGUCCACCUGAAGGGCAUGGACAAAGCUCAGGGACCCAGGGCCCUGGAUCAGGCCUGCACAGAGGAUCCUGAACAGCCCGAGAGUCGGACGCCAGCAGCACCACAGGAGUCCCUGUCCCCAGGGGAGCCGCUGGUUCUGUCCACCGGAGACCUACAGCUCCUGCAGUUCUACGCCGGGCAAUGCCAGAGCCACUACUCAGCCCUGCAGGUGGCUGUGGCAGCCCUGAUGUCCAAUAUCCAGGCUAAUCAGCCCCCAAGCCUCUUCGUGCCCCACAGCAAGAGGGUGGUGGUGGCUGCUCACCGCCUGGUGUUUGUUGGGGACACCCUGGGCCGGCUGGCAGCCUCUGCCCCUCUCCGAGCACAGGUCAGGGCUGCAGGUACAGUGCUGGGCCAGGCAUUGCGGGCCACUGUGCUGGCUGUCAAGGGAGCUGCCCUGGGCUACCCAUCCAGCCCUGCAAUCCAAGAGAUGGUGCAGUGUGUAACAGAACUGGCAGGGCAGGCCCUGCAAUUCACCAACCUGCUCACCAGCCUGGCUCCCUGAAGGUCCUUUGGCACAGCUCUGCCCCUCCUCUGCCUGCCAAAGCCCCCCUCCAGCCUUAGGUGGCUGGAGGACUUUGUUAAGGGACCAGGAGAGGUGGAGGUAUCUUUCCCCUCUCCUUCCUUUUCUGUCAUCUCAGCCUCUCACAGAGGUGUCUUCUCCCCCAACCCACAGCUUUUUGUAUGAGCCAUUUUGUAUAAAUUAUUUAUAUUUAAUAUUAUUCCCUGUUUUGUCAGGAGCAGGUACUAGGCGCUGGGGCAGGGAGGAACUGGACCCUUCUCUCCUCAGCCUAGGGUGGAGGCCACUGCACUGCCACCCACCUCUGGAAGACUGGCCAUGAAGAGUCAGGUGACAAAAACCUGGGGCCAUACAGAGACUCUCUCUUUUUCUGUUUCUUGGCACUAGAAGAUCAGUGCUGCACUAUUAGCUGAGAGGGCAAGAUAUAAACUGCCCAGAGAUUGAAGGUCUCAGAGAGACCAGAGGGCUUCUCCCCACAGAAGGCAGGAGAGAGCCGGGACCCAGACAUGGGUGUGCACCUCAAUAAACCCCUGCUGUCUGCCUCCCUGAUUCUGCCUCUUGGGAGCAUGGUGAGCAACGCUGGUGCUCAGCAGCCAUACCUAUUGGACACACACUGAACAGGAUGCCUUUUGGGGUUUGGGGGAGAUUUUGCUCCUUUCUUCGACAACUAUUCACUGGACAAGUUCUUUGCUCUCAUGAUGGGCCAGGCACAGUUCUGCAAGUAUAUUGUGAAUGUAUCAUUCCAGUGGGAUACACAAAUAAGUCAGUUAACAUAUAUAAAUAAAAACAGAAACCUGCCA